CAGCACGAAGCGGCGGAGGCGGCUGGAUGGAGUCCUCAGAGUCUUGAGAUAUUUACGGGCUAUGAAUUUACGCACGAAGAUCGCUUCAAUACCUGGCCGGACUUUCUUUUUAGUUUCUUAAUAAAGAAUUAAUGUGUGCUCUUUUCAAAUAUUGGUCGUUUUACUGCUUUUUUAUCUAAAUAAAGAAACCAGUACAAGAAGGGCCGGCCGAGUGAGCGCAGAUGAGCGGACGCUACACGAGUGGGUCGCGGCCCAUACCAUACGAGAUUGCAGUACAUUAAACAUCUGAAGGAGUUGGAUUGGAGUUCUAGCACAGGUGGAGACCAACACUGUGCCCUUGUGCACCAGGACAGUGUCUGCCUUCUCCUCCUGCAUCCCUUCAGAGCUGUCUCUGGAACAGGGAACCCAAACAGAGGGGAGGCGUAGCUGCCCUCACAUCUGAAUCUUUGCUGUGCAUCCCAGAAAUCACGUGGGUGUCAGGAAGCAAUACGAGUCAUUUGCAUCCGGGAAACAAGGACAACCUGCAGGUGUAACCUGAGCAGGAAUUAACUUCCCACUGACCCUUCAGAGAGGACCCUGAGGAAUUUUUUUUUUCUCCUGCACCACAGCUCCCAGAAUGUCAAUCACUAAUACACCCACCAGCAAUGAUGCCUGCCUUAGCAUUGUGCACAGCCUGAUGUGCCACCGGCAGGGUGGAGAGAGUGAGACGUUUGCUAAGCGUGCAAUUGAGAGUCUGGUGAAGAAGCUGAAAGAGAAAAAAGAUGAGCUGGACUCGCUCAUCACAGCCAUCACCACUAAUGGGGCGCACCCUAGCAAGUGUGUCACCAUUCAGCGCACCUUGGAUGGACGUCUGCAGGUGGCUGGAAGGAAAGGUUUCCCCCAUGUCAUCUAUGCACGACUGUGGCGCUGGCCUGACUUGCACAAAAAUGAGCUGAAGCAUGUCAAGUAUUGCCAAUUUGCCUUUGACCUCAAGUGUGACAGCGUCUGUGUGAAUCCCUACCACUAUGAGAGGGUCGUAUCACCUGGCAUUGACCUGUCAGGACUGACUCUGACCAGCUCUGCUCCAUCAGGGUUGAUGGUGAAGGAUGAGACAGAAUAUGAGGGCCAGUCCCUGCUGCCCAACAUGGACGGUCACUCCAUCCAGACGAUCCAGCAUCCCCCCUCCAGCCGGACUGCACCCCCUGAGCCUUUCAGCACCCCCUCCCUGCUGCCCCCGUCUGAUGCCAGCAGCUCCGCCUCUUCUUCCACUUUCCCCAGCAUUGCUGUUGGCACCGCAACCCCAUCCAGCAGUCUACUCCCAGGGAGCCACAGUGAGGGCCUGCUGCCGAUGGCCCCGGGGACAGCACAGGGUGCUCAGCAGAACGGCUUCCCUCCUGCUCCACCUGCCACUUACCACCACAAUGCCACCUCCACCUGGACAAGAAAUGGCAGCUUCACACCCAACAUGAGUCACCACCCAAACGGGCACCUGCAGCACCACCCCCCGAUGCCCCAUCCAGGACACUAUUGGCCAGUGCACAAUGAGAUUGCAUUUCAACCCCCCAUAUCCAACCAUCCAGCUCCAGACUACUGGUGCUCCAUUGCCUACUUUGAGAUGGACGUCCAGGUUGGUGAGACAUUCAAAGUGCCAUCCUCCUGUCCCAUUGUGACUGUGGAUGGAUAUGUGGACCCCUCAGGAGGUGAUCGUUUCUGCCUUGGUCAGCUUAGCAACGUGCACCGGACCGAGGCCAUUGAGAGAGCCAGGCUUCACAUUGGAAAGGGGGUGCAGCUGGAGUGUAAAGGCGAGGGUGACGUGUGGGUGCGUUGCCUUAGCGACCAUGCUGUCUUUGUUCAGAGCUAUUACUUGGAUCGCGAGGCUGGUCGAGCCCCAGGUGAUGCCGUGCACAAGAUCUACCCCAGCGCCUAUAUCAAGGUAUUUGACCUGCGGCAAUGCCACCGACAGAUGCAACAGCAGGCAGCCACUGCGCAGGCAGCUGCUGCAGCCCAGGCAGCUGCUGUUGCCGGUAACAUCCCAGGCCCCGGUUCCGUGGGAGGAAUUGCCCCUGCCAUCAGUCUGUCGGCUGCUGCCGGCAUUGGUGUAGAUGACCUGCGACGGCUGUGUAUCCUGCGCAUGAGCUUUGUGAAGGGCUGGGGGCCAGACUAUCCCCGCCAGAGUAUCAAGGAGACCCCCUGCUGGAUUGAGAUCCACCUGCAUCGUGCGCUGCAGCUCUUGGAUGAGGUGCUGCACACCAUGCCUAUUGCUGACCCACAGCCGCUGGACUGAGCCAUCAGGGGAAUGCUGCUACAACUGAGAGACCCUGGCAAGUUGAACACGAAGGAACCCCCAUCCUCCCCUGCAACUUUAUUAUGUAAUCAUUGAGGGCCCAAGGACCCAUGGGUCACAACUUUUUUUUUUUUUUUUGUUCUCCCCCCUUUAAAGCCCUAGUUCCCCUUUCCCUCAAGCAACAGUGCAGCUGUAGUCAUCUAUGCCGCAGGGUGCGGCAGCAGUUACCCAGUCUAGUCAUGUUAAUUUUUGGUUUAAUUUGUUUUUUUUUCCUUGUGUGUAUAUUUCAAAAUAAUUGGAAUAACAUCUAAUUUUAGUGAAUUUGCUUUUUUUUAAUCCUCUAUAAUUGCUCUCAUGACCCUUCUCAAGUGGUUGUAUAGAUAGGGAGGUGUGGAUGUUAGGCUGCUGUGGCCAGAAGUGGAGUGUUUCAUAUUAUUUGAGGCAUACAUACACACAUGAAGUAGUCAGUUCGUAGCAAAAGGUUUUCAUUUAACACUAAGACACAUUUUUUUCCUCAUAUGAACAUUUUUUUUUUUCCCCCCACGCAGUAGCUUCUCACUUUGUAAAGUUGUUUUUAUUUUGUAAAUAGUUACCAUUGCUGUCAUUUCCAGUGAAACCCUGCAGCUGCUCAGGUUGUACUGGCAUAGAGGUGCAGGUUCUCGAAGAAAUGUAAAAAUAAGUUCUCAGAAAACACCGAGGGUGACAGUUAGUUAUCACUGAGCAAAAGUUGGGCAAGACCUGCCUCACUUUUUUUUUUUUUUUUUUUCCUCUUGCAUGCCAUUCUGUCAGUCAUAUACCUUGUUUGCUUUGUAUCAUGUAGGUCACUGCAGAGAACUUCUGUUCUCACACCCCUAUCUCUGAAUUAUUCUAAUUCAAAAUGGUAGUUAUACUUCAGUUCCUUUUAACCACCCACCCAAAAAUUCUUAUUUUGUAAGUGUAUUACUUGAUAAACACCUGAUGCAGAUUCGAUGCGUUUCUACUUUUGGGUAACUUCAUGUUUACCUUUACUUUCCUGACCAUUGCUUUAAUUGGAUUUCCCCCCCCCCUGCUGGUAUUACAUUACAGGCUCAAAAGUGUUUAAGUACCAAUGGAAGUGAGCUUGUCAGUGUGAGGUUGAUCUUCAUUGGAAUUUUCAGCUGUACAAACAAUACAGUGCAUUUUGCUUUUAUGUGCAUUUUAUUUCUUCCAUACUCCCCCCAAAACCUUUUGAAACUGUAAAUGUCAAGAAUUUCAAACACUAACUGAUGGGAUAUGAGCGCUGUCAUCAAACCAUCAUUCAAUGACAUUGGGUUUCUUGCCAGUCAUUUGACAACUACAAUGUACUUUUUCCCAAGGUGCAGCAUCAAUACUUAGCUUUUAUACAGUAGCUUGUGUGUGUGACUUACUGACAUUGCUAUUAAAUCAGACAUGGAAAAUUAAAAGCAGGGCAAGUUCCUUAAAACUGGACAAAUUUGGCACCUGUAGGUUUCUUGUACGAGUUGUAUUUCUUAAUGAUUAAACUAGUAAAGACCUGAGUAAGUUUCUGUCCUGUUAAACCAAAUGUAGCUGAGCAAUUUUACCCUUAAGUUUGGAAGCUUGACAUCACUAUGGCCUGGAAUACUGCUCUAGUGUGAAAUCUUAAAUAUUGUAAUAGGAUGAAUACUGAUUUGAAAAGGCUAAAUUAAACCAUGUAGAACAUGAGGCAAAUCAGUGGUUGUGCUCUAUAAGACUAGAGAAGCACUAAGGUAUAGUAAGUACGGGGGGGGGCUGUUUCACAGCCACAGUGUAGCCAUUUCCUAAGCAGCUGUUAACAUGCUUGACCUACUUUGACUGACCUCAAUUCCCUGCAGUGUCCACAUCCCUCCUUGUGGCAAGACCAAGAAGUGCAGCACAGCUCUCCCCUCGCCCACUCUGUGUGGGUUUCAACAUCAUGGACUGAGUGGGUGGCAGAAACAGCAUAGGGGUUGCAAGUUCAUAUCCUACUCCAGCUUUAGUACCCUUAAGCAAGGUACUUACCCUAAAUUGCUCAAAUGGGUAAAUCAUUGUAAGCUGCACUGGAAAAAAACCUUAGCUACAUAAGUAAAACAGCCAUGCACUAAAGACAGCUGUAGCAUAAAGAAGCCAGUUCAAGUUGUACCAAGAUCCCCAAAACAUCAGGGAU